UAGCUCUAUUAAUUCAUGAUGCUGCCUCAUCUCUGAAUUGUUGUGGUGACGCUGAGGUUUUGUUGUCACCCACAGGAUCCCCUGCCUCCAUGUCCAUAUUCAGAUGUGCUGCAAGUUCAAUUGUUUCAGUUCGAGCGGGUGCACAAAACACAAUGUGUAGUAGGUCAGACCUUAGAAGCCACUUGCAGCCGCACUUGCCAGCACCCGCGACGAGCCACCCCACCGGCCCCCAAGGCGCGCCGUCCCACAGUCCGCUGGGCGUGGCGUCCUCCCGAAAUAAAAUAAAUGCGCCAUGCUCAAUCCAACCCCGUGGCUUCUGGGUGUCCGAGUUCGUCGCGACCAUCAGUUCGGAGACCUGCGUCACUGCCCGUGACGCUACAAUGGCCACCUGCAUCAUUGUGUGCUCCGUCAACGGCCUCCUGCACAAGGAAAGGCAACAGGAGUAG